UUCACAGUUCUUCGUUUGUGCGAAAUUUCGCCAACCAAAUCAGGCAACAUCUAUCAGUUAAUCCGGCUCCUUUGCAAGCCGGGCCUACCCAAUUUACCAACUUCCCGCUCCAUCCUUCUCAGAUCUAUCAUAAACUAAACAAAUUUCGCGAUUUGAUUUGAUAUUGGUAGAUUCUGUGAAGGUAUUGAUUCGUCUCUUGUUUUUUUGUUUUGAUGGCGACGAGGAAUCGGACGAUUCUGUUUAGAAGGUAUAGGGAUGCCUUGAAGAGCGUUAGGGCUCCGGUGGGCUCCUCGAGCUCCGGCGGAAGAGCGGUGAUCGAGCUCUCCACCGCCUCCUUGCUUAACCCUAAUCGAUCUUACACUCCUCUUAGCACUGAAGAUCCCGGAACCUCCAGUAGGGGAACAGUUGCAGUAGGUUUACCACCAGCUUGGGUGGAUGUAUCUGAAGAAAUAGCGACUAACGUACAACGUGUGAGAGGGAAGAUGGCUGAGUUAUCAAAGGCUCAUGCCAAGGCUUUAAUGCCUUCAUUUGGAGAUGGUAAAGAGGAUCAACGUCAGAUUGAGGCACUAACACAAGAGAUAACCGAUCUUUUGAAAAAGUCAGAAAAAAGGUUACAAAGACUCUCUGCGGGCGGGCCUUCAGAGGAUUCAAAUAUCAGGAAAAAUGUCCAGCGGUCAUUAGCUACUGAGCUUCAGACCCUCUCAAUGGAGCUACGAAAGAAACAAUCAACAUAUUUGAAACGGCUCCGGCAGCAGAAAGAGGGUUCUGAUGGGGUUGACUUGGAAAUGAACAUAAAUGGAAGCAAGUCGACAAGAGAUGAUGAUUAUGAUAUGGAUGACAUAGGAUUCAGUGAACAUCAAAUGGACAGACUAAAGAAAAGUGAAGCAUUCACUGCAGAAAGGGAGAGAGAAAUUCAACAGGUGGUGGAAUCUGUCAGUGAACUUGCUCAAAUUAUGAAGGAUUUGUCAGUUUUAGUCAUCGAUCAGGGGACUAUUGUUGAUAGGAUCGAUUACAAUAUAACAAAUGUUGCAGCCUCAGUCGAAGAUGGUUUGAAACAACUUCAGAAGGCUGAGAGAAGUCAAAAACAAGGUGGCAUGGUUAUGUGCGCGACAAUUCUUAUUAUUAUGUGUUUGGUGAUGCUAGUACUUUUAGUUUUGAAGGAGAUUAUCUUCUAAGCUAUGAUAAGCUGGUAUGGUUAUAUGAUUAUACUCUCAAGCCAAUGAGUCAGAUUUCCAAGUUUUCCCAGUCACCGACUAUCUUACUAAAUGUCAAAAACAGUUACAGUUAAUACCUCCUCGUGGUUUCUUUCUUCCCUGUAGAAUUUCCGGCAUCAUGUAUAGUCUUGAGGAAUUCCAUAUUCAUUCUUCCUUUUUCCAUCCUUUUGUGUUGGAGGAUAUUGUAGUGUACACGAAUGAACGCCUUUGUUUUAGCCCAAAUCUUCUCUUGUAAGGACUCAUUCUUCAACUUGGUAAAAUACAAUUAGUAUUUGACAUUCGACGCCA